GAAAGGGAGGAUGCAGCAGCAUAGAUAGAGAAGCAGGGCUGAGGAUGGAGGAUAGAGAGAUGAAGAGUGAGAACAGAGAUUCACAACACUCUCUCCACUGAUCAUAUAGUAGGUGCUGGACUUUCAUCCACAUCUCACCGAUGUCCGAGGAGAAAUGGCUGUGCGGUAGGACCCGAUGAGCUCCAGCAUCUGACCGAACGAACUUCAGAUUCUCUUCCAGUUUCGAGCUCAUCGAUCAGCGGCUCUUUCAUUCUGUCCCAAGCUUUUUUCGCGGGAUCUUUGCGGCAUUUCCCGCCUUUAAAUCAGCGUGAGCUGCAGCGCACGAACGGAGGCUGAUGAUGAAUAUGAAACACAUCAGAUCGGGCAUAUAAUGGGCAUCGAGGACACGGGCAUGAGGAACGGACGGGCUCUGUCCGAUCAGUGGGCCGACAGCGUGGUGGUCCGACCCCGGACUACCGAGCAGCACAUCACGGUGCAUAAGAGACUAGUGCUGGGCUUCGCCAUCUCCAUCCUCACCCUCAUCAUCGUCACGGCCAUCGCCAUCACGCUCAGCGUCAGCUUCGAGAGAUGCGCCGCGGAGAGCAGCGGGGCUCUGGCCGCCAACGGCUCCAGCAACAGUAAGUGGAAACAGUCCCGGGACGGGAACAUCAGUCACAGAGACUCGGAGGACGGCCAGCAGCCCUGGAGACACCUGCGCUUACCGGCCACCCUGCGCCCGCGCCACUACGACCUCCGCCUGACCGUGCACAUGGAGAACUUCAGCUUCUCCGGCGAGGUGAACAUCGAGUUUGAGUGCGUCAACUCCACCAAGCUGAUCGUGUUGCACUCGGACCGGCUGGAGCUGGACAAAGUGCUGGUGUUUUCGGACAGUAAAAAAGCGGGCGCCAUGCGGAUCCAGCGCCGCUUCCACUAUCAGCCCAAACAGGUGUAUGUGAUCGCGCUGCACAGAGAGAUGAAGCCCCUCAGAACAUACAAGAUCAACAUCACCUUCACCGCGCACAUCGAGCACGAGCUGCUGGGCUUCUUCCGCAGCUCCUACAUGCUCAAUGGAGAAAGAAGGUUUCUGGCGGUGACGCAGUUUUCUCCGACUCACGCUAGAAAGGCCUUCCCGUGUUUUGAUGAGCCCAUCUAUAAAGCCACAUUCAGAGUGAGUCUGAAACACGAGAGCUCGUAUCAGUCGCUGUCCAACAUGCCAGUGGAGGCCACCACAUCUGAUGGGGAUGGAUGGGUGACCAACCAUUUCUCCAGGACGCCCCGCAUGUCUACGUAUUACCUGGCCUGGGCCGUUUGUAACUUCACCUACAAAGAAGCAGUCGCAGACAAUGGAGUCCUGAUUCGGCUGUACGCCAGACCUGAUGCCAUCCAGAGCGGAUCGGGUGACUACGCUCUGCGCAUCACCAAGAGACUCCUGCAGUUUUACCAGGAUUACUUCAAAGUCAAAUAUUCCCUCCCCAAAUUAGAUCUGCUGGCAGUGCCGAAACAUCCAUAUUCAGCCAUGGAGAACUGGGGCCUCAGUGUGUUUGUGGAGCAAAAGAUCUUGCUGGAUCCCGAAGUCUCCUCCUUUUCUUAUCAGAUGGAGCUCACCGUGGUGGUGGUGCACGAGAUCUGCCAUCAG